ACUGAAUUCAUAGACCAAGUUAAAAAAAGAAACUAGACUCAUAUCAAUGCAACAAAGACGAGAACGAAUGCACAAUUUUAUAAAGGUAAAAACUGAAAUCACUUAUGGGAAGUCAAUAGUAAACAAAACGAGAGUAGAAAACCGAAUCCCCUUUCGUUAUUAUUCAAUCGAUGUUGCCUAUUUGGUUUUGGUGAUUUGAAUCACCCACAAUAAUUAAUUUCUUUUUGUGCAUAUGAAAUCUUAAAAAUAAUUGAAAUAAUAUGUAAUACAUUAAUUCUUCAACAACAAUGAUAGAUUUAAGAGACCAACAUUUAUAUACGUCAUUUUAUAAUCGAUAAAAAUUGUAAUAUUGCAAAAUAUCAAAACUAUUUAAUAAAUAAACAUUAUUAUAAAAACUCACGCGGAUUAUUAUCUAGUGUACUUAACCCAAAACAUAUUUACAAAACAGUCUACCACUAUGGUUUGCUGUAUAACCGAAUGAAUGGGGGCCAGAUACCCUUCACUACUGCAAAUAAUAGUUCCCACUUCCCAGUUCUAUCACUACUGCAAAACUAAUUCCAUCCAAAUCCACAGUGUGCAGUUAGGAUUUUUCAAAAGAAACAAAAUAAAAACAAUUAUUAUUUAUUAUUAAUCAAAUACGUCCUCGUGCUUUACACCUGCUACCAACAAAAGCUUCCUGCAACCUUCCAAAUCUCCAAGACAGAGAGUCUUUUUAGCAUUCUGACAAAACUGUCUGUUUCCCGCCAUAGUAACCGACAAACUCUCCACACUCCCCGAGACAUCUCUCUUGAGAUUCCCCACUCUCUUCUUCCUUCUCCCAAAAGAUGCUACCUUUCCCCGUCGACACACAAUGGCCUCCCUCACUCCCGGAGUUCUCUCCAACCUCCUCGAACUCGCCGCCGGAAAAGUCAUUUCUUCUUCUUCUUCUCCGCCGUUGUUGUCUUCGCACCGUUUCCCGCUCCUCCAGGUGAUCGAGAUCGUCCCCUGUCUCUCCGACAACCAAUGGCGUAGCGAAAGAUUCUUCGUCAAAGUCUCCGACUCUCUCCACGCCGCUUACGUCGCCGUUUCCGCCGCUGACGACGCCGAUCUGAUACGCUCCGACGAGAUACAGCUAGGGCAGUUUGUUUACGUCCGCGGCGGUUUCCACGUGGAGAAAGGUUGUCCUGUUCCCGUCGUUCGUGGGCUUAAGCCGGUCUCGAAGCGGCGGACGUGCGUUGGAAACCCUAGCGAUCUCGUCUCUAGCGACCUGCUUCUUGAUUUUACUCCGGUCUCGGUUGAUACGACCAAGAAGAAGAGGAAUCUUGGUGGUGACACGAGGAGGUUGAGCUUGGACUCCGCGAGACGGAGCUGUUGGGAUCAUACUAGUCCUCCGGUGACUCGCCGCCGUGACGCAGCAUUGCUUCUUUCUUCUUCCCCACGUCUCAAACCCAAAUUGGUCUUGAGUGAUAAGAAUCUGCCAAAGAAUGAGUCUCCAUCAAAGCACCUUAACUGUGAAACCCCUACCUUAAGAAAUAGAAAUGUGGUUAAGCCUGCAUCACCUAUAUCCAUAGUCAAGUCUCCAAAAGAUGGUAUCAAGCCGUUGUCAAAGGCAGUGACUCCUACAGUUGCGUAUUAUAAGCUGCCUUCAAGUCACAGGACUUGGUCUGACCAGAGAAUCUCAUGGACCGGACUCCCCAAAACCAUUCAAGUUCUUGGAAAGGAAGUUUCAACAAAUAGACAAGUAGCAGUAAAGGCCGCAGUAAAAGCACUAGAGGAAGCAUCUACCAUGGAGUCUGUUCUGCUCAGUUUACAGUCCUUCGCUGAACUAUGUGACUCUUCUAAACAUUUAUCAGCGGGACAAGUUGUGCGACGGUUCUUGGACAUCUACCACAGUACACUGAACACAUGCAAAGCAAUCCAUCUGUUGCUUACUCAGAACAGAAACAACGGUUCUUGUAGAUCAGCAGCUAUGAAGAAUGCAGCAGCUUGGGUUCAAGACGCGGUAGUGACCGGUUUUUCCCAGUUCAAUUUAUUCAAAGAGCCUGGAAAGCAAGAUGAAGCUGCUUCUCCCAGAGACCAACAUCACUACAUUGUUAUUCAUAACUCCUCUGAGAAACUAAAUCCCAAGGAGACUACAAGUCCAAGAAACCAAUCUUACAAGGGUGUUAAACUUACUUCAACGAAACAUCGUUCUGUUUCUUCUGAAAGAAGCAACUUAGAAGGUAAAAACAGGUUAAAAGAGUCGUUGAGUUUAGCUGACGAGCUACUUCGAGUUUCAAGCCAAUGGUUCUUGAAGUAUUUGGAGAACUCUCUAAAGAAAGGGUCGUUCUUAGUGAAGAAGGAAGAAGCGAAUGGGAAAGAGUCACUGGUAGGCCACCUUAAAGCAGUAAACUGUUGGCUUGAUGAUCUGAUCUCAAACAGAGGUGAAGUCAGUGAGAAAGUCGAAGAUUUAAGAAAGAAGCUGCAACGGUUUCUACUUAGACAUAUAGAAUCUGCCAUUGGAGAAACAAUGUAACACAAUCCAUCAGGACUAUUUCAUUUGUUAGAAUUUAAUGUUAAAUUUGGAUUUAUUUAAUUUCAUAGUUGCAGAACUUUGAGAU